AUAACGACCUUGCCUGGACAGAUCGGCGGAUGGCUGGGACUAUCUUUCUGUGAAACAAUUUUUUGACGAUGCAAAUGUAAAAUCUACUGCAGCGGUUUGUGUUUACUUUAAGCGAAUGGCUUGUGAAUGAGAGUCGAAUUGUCUGGAUCACAGACCUUUGAACACAGCUCGACAACUCGUUCGACAGGUUAAAGUCUUAGCUCAAUCGCAGGUGCCAUUUGUUACAGAGGAGACAUUACAACAACAGCGCACUACGAGGGUGAGUCAAAAAUGCAGACAACAGCUUGAAUCAAGAUGGAUCCAGUUUGGAAGUUUGUCCUGCUGCUGGCUGUGUGUGGAUCUGUCACUGGUGACUCCGCCAUCCCCGUGGGGCACCUGCAACCUCUGGGGGGUCAUCGACCUCCUGAUGUUCCCAUAGAUGAGCUGCACACCAUCCCACAUCCACGGGAGUUCUGGGACAAGUAUGUGAAACAUGAGAAGGCUGUGAUACUACGAGGUGCUGCAAAAAACAGCCCUUCCUUCACAUUAUGGACAGAUGAAUACCUGAAGGACAACUAUGGAAAACUAGAGGUUCGUUUAGAAGGAAAGAGGGAAAAACACAGCUGGCUUCCCAUUGGAGUAAAGGGAAUAGGACGAGACACCAUAGAACACUUCCUGGACACUUAUCACGACAGUGAUGCGUACAUAGUGUCACAGUUACCCACGGACAUGUACCAUGAAGUCCUGGUACAGCCUUGUCUCACCUGUGGCAGCUUCAGGAACAGUCUUGUGGAGAUUGAUCUGUGGAUGAGCUCUAACGGUGGCAGCAGCAUUCUCCACAAGGAUGCCUUCAACGCCAUCAACUGUCUGUACAACGGUACCAAACACUGGAAAAUGAUUGAGCGCAAAUAUGAACCUCUCUUACACAAGGCUUGGGAGCCGUCACGAGAGAUCGGAGGGUACUCAGAAGUUAAUGUGCACCAGGUUGAUCUACUGCAGCACCCCAACAUGGCCAAGGUUCGCUGGUCCAACUUCACCAUUCAUGCAGGGGACUGCCUGUAUCUACCCAAGAGUUACUGGCACCAAGUGGAGUCAGUAGGAGAUGUGAACCUCGCCGUGGCUCUCCUGUUUGCCAGGCUAGAGGAGUUUGAUGACUCUGACUGUGACACACAGAAGGUGGAGUACACACCCCUCAGCGACUUUCAGGUGAUGUGGGAUUGGCCAGGGUUUGGAAACAUGACCAUGGGACAUAUGGAUUUGGAGAUGGGGGCCAGGGAACAGCUGUAUGAAAUGGCGGAAGACAGUGAAGAAGGACUUACUCAAGAUUUCAUCUUUCAACUACUCAAGUUGGAGAUGCCUGAAUUUGAUGACGAGUUUCUUCUUGGGAAGGCUGAAAGGGGGUUUGCAGCUUUGGACGUGAACUCUAAAGGCAGUCUUGACUCUGACGAUAUCAAGGCCUUAGACUGGGACACACUUGGGGCCUUCAUACUGGAAUAUGAAAACCAGGAGCCUUCCAACACAGAGCUGUUUGAGUAUUCUUACACAACGGCCGAAGAAAUCAUGGACAUGAUUUUAAAACUGGCUAAGAAGAAUGGACAGCUGACCAGGUCUGACUUCAUUCAUGCCUACAUGACCCAACUUGGGGGCACUGAAAAGUUUGGAACAGAGAUUUUCGACAGGUUGGUUGAGGGUCAGGAUGAAGACAUGAUAAAGAUUCAAGACCUGACAGUGGAAAAACUGGAGUACGCCUUGGAGAACUGGCUCAUCCGGAUUAAACCUGAGAUGACUCCUGAGAUGGACGAGGAAUAUCAAGAGCGGAUGAAGGAAUUUGAUCGAAAGAUUGGUGUACCUAAUGUAGCCGGUGAUGCUCAAAAGCAUACAGAGCUUUAGACCCAAUGGUCGCCACUGGUACGGAGUACACAGUCAUGUUGUUGUUGGGUUGUCAUUCCAAACCUUAUACCCAAAAAGUAGUUUAAAGGCUUAGUUGUAGGGGUAUUUGUAUAGGUGGUAGGUAAUAGUUGUCUAAACUGAUAUACCAACACAAAAUGAUGUGCGCUAAACAAAAUUUUGACAGAACCUUGUUGUGCAUUCCUGAGUUGUGCAUUAUUUUGUGUCUAGGUUUUUUAAGCCGUAUGGUUAAACAACUCAUGCCACAACAAUUUUUGCAUUUUCAAGGAAAAAAUUUGGCUGAAGCAAUUCUUAUUCAUUUUUGCAAAAAGUCUGGGGUGAAGGUAGAAUAAAAAGUAACAAAAAGUAAGUUUUCAGAUUCUCCCAAGGCAAGUUUCAUGCAGUAAAUCUCUUCCCUUGAUGUACAGUAUAACACUUUUGGAUGUUUAGUUAUGGCUUUGCCAAUGAAAUAAUUUCCCAAUUUCUUUAGUAAAUGGAAAUAAGUCAUCAAAAUAAGCUAUAUAUGUAUAUAUUUCAAGAUAUUGAUAAGAUGUGACCAUUUUAUAACAUGUUUGUUCAGGUCCAUAGUCUAUUUUGCUAGUCUAUAUUUUCUAAAAGCAAAUAUUGAAGCAAAUGUUGAUGAACACAUUGAUUUGGAUUAAGAUAGGAUUGUGAUUCAUGAGAAGUAACAGAUAUAAAGUUAGUGUGGCCGUACAAUAUCAUUAGGAAAAAAACUUUUCUAGGGCUCUAGCAUAUAGAUUGGCUUUUCUGGGUGAAAAUUUAUUUGGAUGAUUGAGCUUAAGAUAGAUACAAUACUUACUGGUGUUUUUCUUGAAAUGUUGUCAAUUGGUAACUUGAGGUGGCUACUUUAUCUAUGUCAUAUGAAUUGUUGUUUGUUACAAGAGUAAUUAUGUAUCUUUAUCUUUCUAUGCAAAAUAACCCACGGGCAUUCAUGGUGCAAUAGUAUAAAGGCUGCUAUAUUGCUGUAAAAAUAGCAUGACAGGUCUGCUAUUCUAUAAAGAUUCAUCACUUAUAUAAUUAUAUUUGAUAUAUAUAUAUAAAAUGUUUGUACUAAAAGAUUCUCGGUGUGGAAUAAAGGACUUUCUGUGUCAUA